CCGGCUCCAGGAACUCUCUCCUCCUCCCAUCUCCGGCCUCUGAUGGGGGGCUGCGGCGGCGGAGUCCCACCGAUGUCAGUGUAGGAUGUGACAGUCAGGGGGGAAGGUGAGGCUGCUUCCUGCGGUGUGUGGCGUCCCCUCCACGGCCAGCGUAGCCCGCACAGAGGCGCGGAGCGGCGAAAGAUGGUCAUCGCCACCGGCACCAAUUCAAGCUCCGACGCGCGCAGUCCCUCUCCUCCUGAUCAGAUCCCGGCCCAUGGGGCCCCGAUCUGCCUUGAUCCCGAAAUAAGCCUUCACCACCACCAUGCCAAAGGACAGAAAAUCAGAAGAGUUGCAUUUUUAGGGCAGGUAACUUUGACCACGUGCCCCAAAGGUGAACUGGAUGGCCACUGCGCAAAGGUGCCACUACAGUAUGUCCAGCGGGGCCAGGACGCACUGGACGCUGCCGGCAGUGAUUGUACUGUGGACUUCUCUCACUGGGAUCGUUUCGUCUUAUCCGAUUCCGAGCAGGACUAAUGCGACUUUGCUGGAGAAGAAGUGGGAGACGCUGUUCUCCCGCUCCUAUCUGGGCAUAUCUGGGGGGAAAUCGGAGCUGAACUGGGAGAGUGACUAUUUGCAGGGCAUCAAAAGAGUGCGACGGCUGUACUGCAACGUGGGCAUUGGGUUUCACCUGCAGGUGCUCCCGAACGGCAGGAUAAGCGGUGCACACAAUGAGAACCAACACAGUCUAAUAGAGAUCUCCACCGUGGACCGAGGGGUGAUCAGCCUGUUCGGGGUGAAGAGCGAGCUGUUUGUCGCAAUGAACAGGAGGGGAAGGUUGUACGGAACGAGGGUCUUCAGGGACGAGUGCAAGUUCAAGGAGACUUUGCUGCCCAACAACUACAACGCCUAUGAGUCUUUUGUUUACAAGGGCUUCUACAUCGCCCUCAGCAAGCAUGGCCACGCAAAGAGAGGCAACAAGGCCACCACCGCCAUGACUGUCACACACUUCCUCCCACGACUAUGAGAGAGAGAGAGAGAGAGAGAGAGAGAGAGACUGGCAAUAACUCAGUAAUUUGCACAUGUGGAUGUUCUUCCAGGUAAUACAGAAAUGCAUAAUCAUACACACACCCAUGGACUGCAAAAGAAAACACAAAUAUUUAUUCUGUUAUAUAUAUAUAUAUACACAUAAAUAUAUAUGUAUAUUUGGAUAGCUAUCUUUGUAUAUGUAUGCAAUACCGUGCUGCUUAUUGUUUUUAUGGACGGUGGAGAGUGGAAGCCUUUGCCUGUCUCACCUUACCUUGGUGCUUGCUGUAACUGAACUAUGUGUCACUUCCUUUUUUUUUUGUUUUUGUUUUUUGUUUUUUGAGAUGGAGGAUGAUCUAUAUUCUGUGCUUUUAAAGGGUGAAACAAAUACUUUUUAUUACCUCAAAGAACCACUUUAGUAAAUUAAGGGGGUGCAUGGACUUCUGCUGAAAUACCUGCUGAGUUUUAUUCAUUUCUUCGGAACCUUUGAGCGCUCGGUGGCUCCCCGCUGGACUACCGAUGUCCGGCAGCGGGUGCAGAGGGAGGGGGGGGUAAUAACUUAAAUGCACUACCUUUGCUGCACGAUUUAAAGGUGCCUUGGUGUUCCCACUUGUGGCCCCCUUAAACUUGCAUGUAAGAGACACCCGCUGGAGUCAGAAAUAGGGCUGACACUCCAGAGAGGGCCUCAGAAGGGGGUGUGGGCG